AAAUUAUCAGCCCUAUCCCCAACAACCCUUCGCUUCGCAGCCUUACGAGACGCAGUCCGGCGGAUAUCACCAUCGCGAAGGCUUUCCAACCCAGCUCCCGCCACCCGUUCGGCGUGUCCCCAGAAUGUAUAUCCCCAACACCAAGUGGACCUGGUCCUUCCUGUUGGUGGCCUUAGUCCAGGCCAUAGUUGCCCUGGCGUUGGAGGCUUAUGUGUUCGGCCGUUUCCAAACCAGCCUGAGAUUAAAAGGGCAAAAUAAGGAUGCACACAACGAGCCUCGCACCAUCCCAACAUAUCUUGCAGUGUUUAUGUUCGGUUAUCUCUAUCAACUAGUCCUGGUCUAUGAUGCUCUGCGACUGAAGAACACGAUCCAGGUCAUUGGGCUGGUCCUCUAUAAUGUUGGAAUUCUUAUAUAUGCCGCGAUCCAACUCGAUCAGAUUCGGGAUGCUGUCACCGCCCUAGACUCGAACCAGUUGAUCGUCCACCAUUUCUGGCCACAGGUCAAACCUAUGUUGAUCGCUUUGCCUUGCUUGAUGGGUUUAGGAACCGUUAUCUUCGCAUUCCUUGCUUGGAAGCUAUAUGAUGAAUUUGCAUGGACCAUCUACAAACACAUCAGUGCCGACUUGCGCUUGAAGAGGAGAUAUUUGACUUAUCAGAUCUACAUCGCUCUCCUUAAAUUCGACUUUUUCUUCUUCCUUGGCUUCACCGUCCAAUUCCUCGUCGUCGUCCAGAAUACCACCGACGUUGAGUUUGGUCUCACUAUUGCUGUCCUGUUCGUAACAUUCAUCCUGCUCCUCCUCGCCGCAUUCUGGGUCCGCCGAGAAAACAUCGCUGGCAUGAUCGUCAUCAUCCUCGUCUACUUCUGCGCCCUGGCCUACUUUCUCUUCAAGCUUAUUCGCAUGUACGCCGCCGACAGAGCUCGAAUUGAGGACUACAAGCCGGCUCGCAAAUCGCUUACAAGUUUCGCUGUCAUCACCAUCUUGCUGCUUUUGGCGACAAUUGUCAUUGCCUGUAUGUGCACACACAACUUUAACAAGGGCCUGAAGCCACAUAUCCAGACCAGAAAACCCGGCGGGGGUGAAAGAGGGGGCAAGGCAUAUAAUACUGAAAUGCCUUCGCUAAGUGGGCCUCAGCCGGCUAGGAUGGAGAUCGAUUGAAUACAUUUCUCUCGUUUUCAAUUCGAUUGCUGUACUAGAAUGCUCUUCGAGGGAUAUGCCCUUCCGUUCCAAAAUACAGAGAUGAUCACAUUUU